UCGGGGCAGGAGACGGAUACCUCAUCGGCCUCUACAGUUAGAUGUCUAACCUGCAUAAAAACAUGUCCUCCUGUCUUUCGGAGAAGACUGAAAUCAUCGCAGGAAGCAGAGAGGACCAACAGUGAUGGCCUCAGUUAAAAAAGAUGACAGACUGACGAGUUCUCAGAGCUUCACUUGCGUCGGUUUCGCCGGGAUUUUCAGUAAAACCGUCACGUCACCGUUGGAGGUGGUUAAAAUUAAGAGUCAGGUGGGUACUUUUCACUGUAAGAGGGGUUUCUCGCAAAGUUUUCUCCUCGUUUACAAGAAUGAGGGACUUCGAGGGUUUUGGAAAGGAAACCUCGCCUCUUGCCUGCGGUUGUUCCCUUACACCGCAGUUCAUCUGGCAACAUACAAAAAGAUAGUCCACCUUCACAUGGAUGAACUGGGCUUCAUCUCUCAGUGGAGAGCCAUAUUCGCCGGUGGACUAGCUGGCUUUGCUGCUGCCAUGACGACGUACCCUCUGGAGGUGGCAGAAACUAGGCUCAUCGCUCAAAGCUGCAGACAGCCCACCUACAUCGGCGUAGUUCGCACUGUUGCAAAGAUCUACGGGAAUGAAGGGCUGCCUGCUCUCUACAGAGGCUUUUCUCUCACCUUGUUGGGUGCAUUUCCCUUUUCUAUCGGUUGCUAUGCAGUUUACAUGAACUUGGACACACUCUGGCAGGAGCCUCCUUUUCGUUUCACGCCCCUGCAGAACUUCAUUAACGGCUGCCUCGCAGCGGGAGUAGCCCAAACCCUCUCCUACCCUUUUGAAACUGUAAAGCGGAAGAUGCAGGCGCAGAGUGCCCGUUUGCCCCAUUUUGGUGGAGUCGACGUCCAUUUCAGUGGAAUGAUUGACUGUUUCGUCCAGGUUGUAAAAAGCAAGGGCAUCUUCUCACUGUGGAAUGGCCUCACGGCCAACACAAUAAAGAUUGUUCCCUACUUUGGCCUUCUUUUCACCUGCUUCGAGAUGUGUAAGCAGGUCUGCCUUUACCGCAACGGCUACAUCGUCUCGCCCCUGAGCUACACACUUGCACCGGGCGUCGACCAGAGCCUCGGGCCGCACGAGCUGCAGGAGGCGAAGCGCUACUUGAAAAACAGGGGCUUCGAGUCGUCUCUCGGAAACCGCUGGUGAAACUUCCCACGAGAAGAGGUCUCUCUGCUGACCACACGUGAACAGUUCAGCCGGACCCUUCAGAGAGGCUUCUGUCUGUAAUAAUCGCAGUCAGCAACAGUCUACCUCAUUCAUAAACCUUUUUGUUUGUUUAUCUGACUAUUAUUGUUCAUUCACCCAUCAUGUCUCUCUGCGACUUUUUCUAAACGUAAUAUGAUGUUUCUUAAGCAUUAGCUAUUUAUUUUGGGGCUUAUUUCAGUUCUUGAUAUCAAAUCGUGCCAUACUGUAAUUUAUCCAAAUGUGUUUCAAAUGCAUCUUCACUCUACUUCCGUGAUAGAUGAUAUGUUUAAUGUGCAAUAUAUGUAAACAUGUUGACGCUUCAUUAGUUUAAGUAGGUUAUGAUCAAUCAUGUAAAUGUGCUAACAUGGACUAUGCUGGAAGAAAUGUGUUUUCAAACAUUAAACAUUUCUCACUUUUAAAUUUGAA